AUGAACUCUCAUGAACUUCUCAGACGGUAUCGUAAGCCAUUUCCUUCCAAGGCGUCAUUUCAGACGUCCUCAAACGUGCCAAAUGCCUCCAGUUUGAAGGGUUCCGCACCUAUCGAUGGCAUGAAACCUUGGUUGUCAGGCCUGGGACAUGAUACUGGAGACAUUGAUCGCUUGAAUGUAAUUCAUGUUGCCGGAACGAAAGGCAAAGGCAGUACUUGUGCUUAUGUGGCGUCUUUCCUGCGAGAACAUGCAAGGAAUAAUAACAUCAAUCUGAAAGUCGGGCUCUACACCUCACCAAGCCUAUGGCCGCGUAAUAGAAUCUGGAUUGAUUCGCGACCUUUGCCAGAAGAUCUCCUUGUGAAACGCAUCCUCGAGGUCGAAAGGGGCCUGGCCUUUGAUCUAGGCUCUUCUUAUCAUCUGAAGUCUCCAGGAUUUCUGCAAAUGAUGGCCAUUGUAUCUUUUCACACUUUCAUUGAGGAAGGUGUUGAUGUUGUGAUUUGCGAGGCUCAUCAUGGUGGAGAGUUUGACGCAACCAAUUUUAUUGAUCAUCCUGCCAUUACAGCCAUUACGAAGAUUGGCAUGGAUCAUGUCGAGAAUUUAGGAGGGUCCAUCAAGAACAUUGCCUGGCACAAAGGUGGGAUUUUUAAGAAAGAUGUUCUCGGUCUUUCAGUUUCCCAGGCUCCAGAGGCUGAAAUGGAGUUGGCAGACCGGGCUAGAGAGAAAGGAGGCCGCCUUAAGUUCAUCAAAUACCCUGAAUGCACUCUAUCUCACUUUAUCAACGGCGAGACCUUUGACAGUAUACCAGUUGAACAACGGGAAAACUGUGCACUCGCCACGCAAAUCACUCACGAGUUUCUUCGAUUGCGUGGUCAAUCACUCACCGAACAGGACAUCCGAGCAGGCAUUGAGGUGUAUAGUUGGCCCGGACGCUUUGACAUUAUCGAUUGUGUCGGCUGCACGUGGUAUUUAGAUGGUGCCCACAAUGAAACGAGCAUGGAGAUAGCUGCGACGUGGUACGAACGGGUUGUAAACACCGACUCGGUACGGACUCUCAUGUUUGCUAAUUUUUCACCGCCACGGACGCGUGACUGGGCGCGAAUAUUAGAAGUUCUUGGAAAUUCUUUGACUUCUGGUGUUCAGAGGGUUAUCUUUGUCCAACAAAUUGAAUACGACGUUCAUUUUACUGUCACGGACGAGCGGCUAGGAAACUAUGUUAAGCUGUGGAGACAAAAAUGGCCGUCAACCUCUAUCUACACCGUAUUCAAUGUUGGGGAUGGUAUCAGUCUAGUCAAGAGUUUUGGUACAAGUGCGCAUGUCUUGGUCACAGGAAGCUUGUACUUGGUAGAAGCUGCCUUAGAAAUGCUCAAAGGCCAGCGUUUCUAG